UAAUCGCUUUGCUUCGAAACAGUUAAGAUAAAGUUAAGUUAAAAUGGGUGAUGCUCCUGCUGAACCAAAAAAAGAGAAUGUUGCUAAAGACAAACAAGCUAAGUCAGCAGAUCCUGAGCCCGUUCUCGAUUAUGAAGCACUGAAAGAUUUGGACAUAGCCAAAGACCAAUUAAAAAUGUUGAAGACCAUUUUUGAUUCAUUCGAUUUGGAGAAAAGUGGAGAAAUUGCAGUCGAUAUGAUCGGCCAAAUAUUGGACAUGUUAGGAAAUCAGCUUUCACCCGAAGAACUACAGAAAAUUAUCCAAGAAAUUGAUGAAGAUGGCAAUGGAGUAAUGAGUUUUAACGAGUUUGCCCACCUGGCAGCCAGAUUCUUGGUUGAGGAGGAGGAGGACACCGAACAAAUAUUGAAAGAACUCAAAGAUGCGUUCAGAUUAUACGACAAAGAAGGACUUGGAUACAUCACCGUCGAUUUAUUGAGGGAAAUAUUGAAAGAACUCGACGAAAAAAUGACGCCUUCAGAUCUAGAACAAAUGAUUGAGGAGAUAGACACAGAUAAAUCUGGGACGGUCGAUUGGGAAGAGUUCAAAGCAAUGAUGAUCGGUUAGGACGGUUUUGAUUUAGCAUCGUAGGCAAUUAGAAAACAGUGAUAAAAUGACUCAAGUGGAAUUUAAUUCUGGACCUGACGUUGUGCCAGAACAUUUACACGACUGGCACUAAAAUUGAAUCGAAGACAAUUGUCGCAGUCUAUCUAUAGUUUUUAUUAUUUCUGGGUGUGGACAUUUAAUUUAAUCCUAUUUAAUUCAUCGUCGAUUAUUAUUAUUUACAAUUAACUUCCCCUUACUCUCACACUGUUACUUUAAUUGUGCACAAAAUCUUAUAUUAUACAUAUAUACAAUAAAACCAAAUGAUGAUUAA